AUGCCGGCGGAUAUCCGUUCGUUUUUUGGGGGUGGCCCCAAGAAACCCGCGGGGGACGCAGCGGCCAAGCCCAAGGAGGAGAAGCUGGAGGAGCCCGCCGCGACGGUGCUGCCGAAGAAGGCGAAGGCGGAGGAGCCCAAGCCGGACGUCGACAUGGUCGACCUGACGGACGACGCACCGGCUCCGAAGACCACGGCAAAGCGCAAGACGGUCGUCGACGAUGUAAGAGAGCCCCGAUCCGUGCCCCAAACCUCCAGAUCCACGUCGAACGUGUUCGUUGUUUAUUUUUCCCCGAUCGCCCCGACGCAUGUUAUGUUCCUUCGCCGACAGCCCUCACGCGCCCUUCACCACACACAGGACGAUGAUUUCGUCCCAGAUAAGUCCCCGCCCUCGGCCAAGAAGGCGAAGAAGACGCCGUCGAAGAAGACCCCGACGAAGAAGACCCCGGCGAAGAAGGAACCCGUCAAAGAGCUCCCAAAGCCACCGGGCUACCCCAAGGAGGAGUCCGAGCUCAAGUUCUCUGUCAUCCAGGGGGACCAGGCGUGGGGGUACAACGACACCAGGGCCGAACCCCCCAACAAGGGAGUCAAGAUCGCGCCCAGGGGACCGAACGAUUGCCUCGAGGGCGUCACCGUCGUCGUCUCCGGCGUACUCGACAGCCUCGAGCGAGAGGAAGCCGAAGAUUACGUCAAGCGACACGGCGGAAAGGUCACGUCGACGGUCAGCGGAAAGACCACCUACCUGCUCGUGGGAAUGGACUGCGGCAAGUCCAAGUACAAUAAGGCCAAGCAACACGGAACCACGCUCAUCGAUGAGGACGGCUUGUUCGCCAUGGUGGCGGCGUGCGGGGAGAAGCCGGCGGUGGAGGAGAUAAAACCAGAGCCGGCUCCCGCGCCCGCCGCCGCGAAGUCCCCGGUGCCCACGCCCAAGCCCUCCCCCAAGCCCUCCGCCGCGGCUCCCACCGCCCCGCCGCCGGCGCCCGUCAAGAAGGCCAAGGGCGAGGACGAGACCCCACUCUGGGUCAACAAGUACAAACCCAAUCAACCCGCUCAGCUCAUCGGCAACGGCGCUAAAAUCGCCGAGCUUCGCAAGUUUCUCACCACCUGGGAAGACGUCCACCUCAAGGGACCAGAGGUCAAGGGCAAGGAUAAACCCAUGAAGUCGGUGUUGAUCUCCGGCGCGCCCGGUGUGGGCAAGAGCAGCGCCGCGACGAUCAUCGCGAAGCAGCUCGGCUUUGAGGUUGUGGAGGUCAACGCCUCGGAUACGAGAGGCGCCAGCGGGAAGGAUGUGAAAGAGGGCGUCGGUGGCAAGGCAAGCAACGCGAUACGCGAGAUGGUGACUAACCGUGCGGUCAACUUCUUCACCGGGAAGCCCAAGAAGAUGUGCCUGAUCAUGGACGAAGUUGACGGGAUGAGCGGCGGCGACCGCGGCGGCGUGCAGGAACUCAUCGCGUGCAUCAAGAUCAGCAAGAUCCCCAUCAUCUGCAUCUGCAACGACAAGUACAACCAGAAGCUGAAGAGCCUCCAGAACUACACCAUGGACCUACCCUUCGUCAAGCCUACCAAGGUCCAGAUACUCAAGCGCAUGCUCAAGAUCGCCCAGGAUGAGGGGAUCACCAUGAGUGAAGCUGCGAUGGAGGCUCUGAUCGAGACAUGCAGCAACGACAUCCGCCAGAUCAUCAACCAGCUGCAGAUGCGCCGCCUCACCAAGCAAACCUUCGAGUUCGACGAUGUCAAGUCCCUCGCAAAGAAGGACCUCGACAUGGGUCCGUUCACCGCGAUGGAUAAGCUCACAAACCGCGAUGCGGGCCUGCUGACUGUCACCGAGCGGCUAAACCUCGUGUUCCAAGACUCCGACUUGAUACCCCUGUUCGUUCAGGAGAACUAUCUACAAUACAGGCCUUUCGCCGCGAGGAACGACGCCGAACGACUGCAGAUCGUCGCGAAUGCCGCGACGUGCAUAUCACACGGCGACAUCAUGAACAGGUCCGUUCGCAUGAAACAAAACUGGGGCUUGAUGCCCUACGCCAACAUGGUUUCGUCUGUUAUGCCCGCGAGCAUGGUGCGCGGUGGCCGAGAAACCUUCCACGAGUACGAGCGGAACUUCAACAGGUUCCCGGGCUGGCUCGGCAAGAACUCGUCCGCGGGUAAGAUGAAGCGGCUGCUCCACGAGGUACAUUCGCACGCGAUGACCUCCAAUGCCUUCAAGGCGGACAGCGCCGGCAUGCGAUGCGACUACCUCCCGUUGAUCAAGGAUUUAACAUCCCGGCCGAUGUGGGAGCCGCCGCAGGGUAAAGGGAAGGAGGGCAUCGAGGACGUCAUGGAGAUCAUGAACUCGUACUGCCUCACGCGCCAGGACUGGGAGAGCAUAUACGACCUUUGCAAGUUUCCCAAGGGUGUCGGGCCGGAGUUUGUGGACGUGUUGAAGCCGAUUGCCACCGCGACCAAGACGGCGUUCACCAGGGCGUGCAAUGCAGGCAGCCGAACGGUGCACAGCGGCAUCCUGGUCGAGGAUUUCAAGAAGAAGAGAGGAGGGAAGAAGGCGGCCGCGAACGAGGACGACGGCAUGGAUGAGGGUGAGGACGAGGGUGAGGGCGGCGGGAGCGAAGAGGAGGAUAACCCGUUUGACAACGCACCCAAGGGUCCCAAGCUGUCGGCAAAGAGACUCGCCGCCAUCGGGUUCGUGGCCAAGGACGACGGGAAGAAGAAGAAGGCGCCGACUAAGAAGAAGGCUGCGGCGUCGAAGAAGAAAUAG